AUGGCACUACAUAUAUUUUUACACGUCUGGGGAGGACAUUUGGAGAUGCAUGCAAUGGCAGACCUUUACAAGAAAGACUUUCUGAUCUUUGAAGCCCCGGGCAGGAGUCCCUACUAUGCAACACAGUAUCAUUUUAAGGAUAUGGUGAUGCUGUGUUACAUACGCAGUAAUCACUACGAUGCAAUCUACCCAAGGCAAAGGCUCAGCGCUGCAGCAAUGUGCCAGUCCAUUGUGUAUGAAACUCUAUACAAGACAGUUUUUGAGUUUGGUGACGAUGUUGACUUGGCAGUCAGAAAAAUGCUGUAUGACAAGACUUACUUCAAGCAUAAGAAGAACAUGACAUUUGAGCAAUGGAAAGAAAGUGUCAAGUUUGGCACAGAGACCAAUGCUCUUUCUGAAGAAGAACAGGCCACUGCUUCAGACGUGGUGACUGCAUUGGCAAACCGAAUACCACCAUUCCCAUUCAAAGUUGCCAAGGCUUUGGACCCAACAAUCUAUAGAAACGUCGAAUAUGACAUCUGGAAUGAAGCAGAAAAAGAGAGAAUUCGCAAUGAACAACUUGUGGUCCCAGACUUGGAACCUGGGGUUAAGUGUUUGGUGCGACUGACUCGAGAUUUGGAAGGCUACAGUGCAUCGUUUCAAGCUCACAUUCAGAAAAUGGAGCCCGAUGAAGGGCCCAUCACAGUUUUCAUUGAAAAAUUGGGUGAAAUGUGCACAGUUCCAUACAGCAGCGUUCAGGCACUGCCUCUACCAGCUCACAAAGUAUUGACUUGGCGCCAAGGACUACAGUACAAACUGCAAAGCUCCUUCUACCAGAGUGCGUUGCUGUCCAGCCUUCCAGAUAUUCAAAAGUCGCACCGCAGACUUGCACGCAAAGGAAAAGGAAAGGACCUCUCUCUCUGGCUCCCUACACUGGUCACUGGAGCGCGUAUGCCCAUGGACUUCUCUCUCCCAAGGCCUUCCGAUGUCACUUGCACAUCUCCUCAUGCGCUCAGGGGGAACGACCUUCUUGCAGUUGACAAGCUGAGGUUCCCCUUGAGCCCCUCAUUACCCGUGGACAACAGCCAGGCGAUUUGGAGUCCCCCUGCACCUUUGUUGCCACCUGGCAGUCCUUCCCAGUUUCCUCAGCCAAUCAUGUACCAAGAGAAGCAAAGGUUUGAAAGCCAUACGGUCUUCGAUUUCAAGCCCCAAAUUGGCAUGCCAUUCAGUUACAGUCAGCCUCAAGUUACUCAAGACAUGCCUCCGAAGAAUGAUGAUACCAGUGUUGCGAGCCCUGGUAUUCAAAUGCAACUGCCAGCAGCUCAGCAUGUGGAGGCCCCUUAUUAUGGUAACUUCACUACCACUGUGUUUGACUCGUCUAUCCUGAGUCAACCAGCUCAAACAGAACAAGGACUUCUGAGUACACCGCCACCUUCCUCUUACGACUACGUGUCUGCUCCUUCCUAUACCUAUGGUGCUCCCUCUCCAGAUUUGGUGUGCAGCACACCACAUAAUGGGAUCCUGAGCCCAGGUGUCACUCCAAACAUUUGCGCCAGUGAUGCGACCCUGGCGUAUGGCCAGGAAGUUGUGGCUGUACAGCAGCCACAGCAGCAGCCGCAGCAGUUGGUGACCUCCUACUCUCCAGUGCCCUUCACCGGCAUGGUGUUCUCCUGUGAACACCCAGCACCCACUGUAAACCUGGCUGCUCAGCGCUCUAAUGACCCAGAAGGCAGAGACCUUCCCGCUGACAUCCUUCACACUGAUACUGUUUUUGGCUUUGAGCCUCGCGACAAGGACUUGGCUCUCGCCGAACUUAACAAGCAGAUUGCCGACGCGUUCAACGGUGAGGAGUUUGACAAAGAAAUUAUGGGGGCUCUGGAUUACCACAGCAAGAUCGCGAAAGCCAUCAGCUGGCCUCAGUCUAUGAUGAACGUGCAUGCACCGUUUAGUUCUACCGUCAUGAAUGCCAGCCAGUCGAGGCAUAUGGAUAUUCCAACCCUGCGGUUCUUCUACAACAUCGGCUACGACUAUUUUCGGACAUAUGGCACUGCUCUGCAACCAUGUGUGUUCCCGUCAGUACAAGGCUACAAUGGGAACUUCAGCCUCACAAUUCUGCCAUAUGUGACUGACACCAGCAUAGUCAUGCCCGAUGUCAGGUGCAGUGUGUCAGAGACGGCAGCUACCACAAACAAUUUCAGUGAAGAUGACAACUCCCCCUCGGCCUCUUCACCUGGCUUUGGUACUGUUGGUACUGUUGAAAAUUCACCACCAUCCCACAACUAUGAAAUGGCAUCACCAGUCGUCAUGCAGCCUCAGAAUUGACGGCACUGUGACAAUAUUUGAUAGGUCAGGAGUGUUGUAGGAGUGUUGCACAGGAGUGUUGUACGUGCACAAGUUCUCGGUUACUCUCAUCUUAGUCGUCUGCAAAAUUAUCUUUUUCAGCAACAUAACUCAUGUGAUUUUUCUGUACCUGUGAUAAGGAGCACUGCCACUCUUAGGUGAUUGCAGCCAUUUGUGUGCACAAUGCCUUCAGUAUUGAUUGCAUCACCAAUACUUUGCCUUCGUUCAGUAUGAUUAUACAUGUCUGCAGUUUCUCCAGCUGUGGUAUUUUUCUUGAUGUGCUGAUUACCUUUCUCUGAACACACGAAGGCAGUUUACGUUGAGUGAAUUGUCUUCUGCCUGAUGGAAACAGUGCCAACUAGUGUUAACUGAGAAUAAUGGCAUGGUAUCUACUUUUAAAAUGUUUGCAAUAUUUCUCAUCUGUUGUUUGCUGCCUUGUCCGGGAAACUCAAUGUAGUGAACAUUAUUAUUAGUAGAGUCAUUACUUGCAAUAAUACUGUGAUAAGUUGCACAUUCAUCACACUUUGGCAUGGCCUAUUAAUGAAACCUAGUCAGACCUAUGCAACCUUAGCACGCUGCAAUAUGGUUGCAUUCUAGCAUUGCUCAUUUUAGGACAUUGUUGUAGCCUUACUCUAGUCGCUUGUGCUGCAAGUGCAGUACUCAUGGUGUCCUUUGAAAUGCAGCAUCAUACUAAAGGCUAUUUUUUUCUGCUGCUAUUCUUGUAGUCAAAAGUGUUUUAAUUAUUACAAGCGUUGUUGUGACAUUUGUAUUGCUCAUUUUGUGUUCAUGUUACAAAGUAUGGCCUCUUACCCUACAUCCAAUGUUCCUACAUUUUUUGGUGUUCACUGUCUUUCAAUUUGUUUUCUUCCAGUGGGCAGAUCACUCACUUAUCUUGAUGGCAUUGUUGUAUUACUGUGUCUACCAAGGCAGAUGUUGAAGCAGGUGUUUUUGUUUAAGAACAGCAGAGCCACAGCUGUAGGGAAAAAAGAUUAAGUGUAAUGUCUUAUGUAUCUUUGUUUCUGCCAUGCUGUGUUUAUGAUUGCAUUCAUGGUGUCAUGCACCUGGCUUUGUUUCUUCUCCUAUUGGUUAGCUGCAAAGUGCUCGCUCACGUUUUAGUAAGGAAUAGUUUUUGUUAAAACAUAAUUUUGUUACCUUCAGAAGACGAAGUUGUAAUGUUGCUGUUCCUUUUUUCUCAUAGAAGUGUUUUGGGCUCUACUCAGUUUUCUUUUUUAACCUAGAAGAUACCCAAAGUAGCUUUGAGUUACAUGCAGAUCCUGUUCUAAAGUUGAAGAAAAGGGGCCUGUUUAUUUUUUAACAUAUGCCAUUGGUGCAUUAAUUGGCACCUGUCAUUUUUUUCUGCAGUUGAAACAUGUUCGCUUUUUCUUCUUGUCUCAAAAACUGAGGCUUGUGUCUCUAACCACUGUUAUUUUUGGUUUAAGCUUCCUUUGUUGUCUCUAAAAGACAUUGAGGUGCUUCUAUCUCACACCCACUCAUUUUCAUACUUAAAUUUGAUUCAAUUCUAUAUAAAUUUCCAUGCUACCAGGGUGGAAUUGAGACAUUUUUUAUGUGAUAAAGAAAAAAAAAAGCAGUGUGACUCUGUACCAUUGAACACUAUUUCUUGCUAGCCACAGAUUCUUAUGAGCACUUCAUGCUUAUUUUUUUUUUUGAACGUGUUCCUUAAAUAAACAAGAUGAACCACACGACCUUUCAA